GAACUUCAUGCUCAUUUGAAUGGCUCUAUCAGUUCUGACACUAUGAAGAAACUUAUGGCACAGAAGCCAUACCUUCAGAUCCAGAAUGGAAUGACUAUGAUUGAAAAAGGAAAGAAAAGAACCUUAGAUGAAUGUUUUCAGAUGUUUCAGAUCAUUUAUCAGAUUACCACAAGGGCUGAAGAUAUUCUACUGAUAACUAAAGAUGUUAUUAAAGAAUUUGCUGAUGAUGGUGUCAAGUAUCUGGAAUUGAGGAGUACUCCUAGAGAAGAAAAGUCCACAGGUAUGACCAAAAGGAUGUAUGUUGAAACUGUACUUGAGGGUAUAAAGCAGUGUAAAGAAGAAGGCUUGGAUAUAGAUGUAAGAUUGUUAAUAGCAAUAAAUAGAAGAGGUGGCCCGGCAGUUGCCAAGGAGACUGUUAAACUUGCUGAAGAGUUCCUUCUUUCCACAGAUGGGGUUGUAGUGGGACUUGACCUCAGUGGUGAUCCCACU